CGUUGCCAGUGGAGCAAGGGACCCGGUAGCAACUUGGUUCCUGCGCGGAUGCCGGGGCUGAAAGGCGCCGGGCGGUAGACUGAUUGUGGAUCGCAGGAGGAGGACGCCGGGGCCCACCGUCCAUCCACUGCUACCAUGAUUCCGGUGUCGCUGCUGGUGGUGGUGGUGGGUGGUUGGACCGCCAUCUACCUGGCCGACUUGGUGUUGAAGUCAUCUGCGUAUUUUAAACAUUCUUAUGAAGACUGGCUGAAAACCAAUGGAUUGAGCAUCUCUCCUUUUCAUAUAAGAUGGCAAACUUCAGUUUUUAAUCGUGCCUUUUACAGUUGGGGACGGCGGAAAGCAAGGAUGCUUUACCAAUGGUUCAAUUUUGGAAUGGUGUUUGGUGUAAUUGCCAUGUUCAGUUCAUUUUUUCUCCUUGGAAAAACACUGAUGCAGACUUUGGCACAGAUGAUGGCUGACUCUUCCUCCUCUUCCUCUUCUUCCUCUUCUUCUUCCUCCUCUUCCUCUUCUUCCUCUUCCUCUUCCUCCUCUCUUCACAAUGAACAGGUGUUGCAAGUUGUGGUUCCUGGUAUAAAUUUACCUGUCAAUCAGCUGACCUACUUCUUCGCUGCAGUCCUCAUUAGUGGUGUUGUACAUGAAAUUGGACACGGUAUAGCAGCUAUUAGUCCAGCAGCUAAGGAUAUUUUGUGCAGCCAUCUCCCACCCAGUCCUGCUACGUGGGUCUCAGCCAUGGCCUCAGAGAAUCUUCUCUGUAUCACCACAGAAAAUUCAGAGAUUCCCGCUGAUUUUGUAGACCUGGAGCCACUUAAUGUCGAAGCGGUUUCUGGAGGAACCAGCUCGUUCCCAACCAUCGAAGUGUAUGAAGACGCAGGUGUCGAUUGGGCGCAUGGUGGCCACUACCACUCUCCGUUUAUUGCUCUGCAGCCUCUUGAGGGCAGCACCCUGAGUAAUGGGGAGCACGAUCAGGAUAUGAUCAUCAUCGAGACACGAGAGGAGGUGGUGGACUUCCAGGACUCAGACAACCUGCUAUUCGGUGCUGAAUUUGAAAGCCAAGUGGUUGUUCCAGGUGUUGAUGAAGAUGACUGUCUCCAGCCGACCAGUGCCUCCUUGUCAGGCUUCGCGGCGGCAGAGACUGGUCAAGGUGAGCUCACCGGCUAUGAAGGGAAUCUCUGUAAUUUGACGACCAUUAUCGAGGCUGGCGUUGAAGGUGUGAGCCCUGACCUUGGCGACAAACAAUGGCAGCAGAAGCAGGUGGAAAUUGAAGCUCUUGAGGGAGAAUUACCCUCUACUGCGUGGGAGGCUAAUGGACAAAAAAAUCCCGUGCCGAAAAGGCAGGCUGACGACGACUCACCUCCUGAUUACUCUGAGUAUAUGACGGGAAAAAAAUUUCCUCCUGAAGGACUACCUGGCAUUGACCUGUCUGAUCCGAAACAGCUGGCAGAAUUUACAAGCAUGAAACCCAAAAAGCCCAAAGGAGACUAUCCAAGACCUAUAGUUUGCUCUCAUAUAGGCUGCGGGAAGAUGUUCAAGGAUAACUCCGCUAUGAAAAAGCACUUAAACAUCCAUGGGCCUCGAGUUCAUAUCUGUGCAGAAUGUGGCAAAGCUUUUAUUGAGAAUUCGAAGCUGAAACGUCAUCACCUGGUUCACACUGGAGAGAAGCCCUACCAGUGUACCUUUGAAGGCUGUGGAAGACGCUUUUCCCUGGAUUUCAAUCUGCGCACUCAUAUCCGAAUUCAUACCGGAGACAAGCCGUUUGUGUGCCCAUUUGAUGGCUGCAGCAGGAAGUUUGCUCAGUCGACCAACUUGAAAUCGCAUCUCUUAACACAUGUUAAGAACAAGUAAAAAGAAGUGAGAAGAUCCUUCUGAAGCCUGGGGAGUGUUUUACAGUGAUGUGCCUGGCAAUAAGAUGCCUCUCAUUUCAAUAGUUUCUAGGAAAGUUAUUGCAAAUGAAUUCUACAGAUCUGAGGUUUAUCUUUUGAUACAAUAAAAGUUAAAAGUUUUAUGUUGAUUAAUGCCCUAUUUGUGCUGCAGUGAAGUUUUGUUAAGUUUGGUUUCAACAGGCUAGACUAACCUCACAUUGAUGCCUUGUGUUUUGUACUAAUAUACUUUUCGAAGCUUGGUUUCAACAAGUGACUAAUUCACGAACCUCAUAUUGUUGCUAAAGAUGACCUGUGUUUUUUUGCUGUAGUUUUUGGUUUCAAUAGGAGCCUAAAUAAUGAACUUCAUAUUGUUAAAAUAUCCUAUCUUCUGCAGUAGUAUUUUUAUGAAACUGGUUUCAGCAAGAUACUAAUUCACAAACUAGAUAUGCUAAAGUGACUGGUUUUAGUCCGCAGUGGUGUUUUUAUGAAACUCGCUUUCAACAGGAGACUAACUCAUGAACCACUUUGUUUCUAAAGAUGGUCUGUGUUAUUUUGCUUUGAAGUGUUUAGAGAAGCUUGAUUUCAACAUAGAAUAAACCACAAACCUCAUUGUUGCUAAGAUGCUCUGUGUUUUCUGCGAGGUGAUUUUUUUCUUUUGUGUUUUGGUUUCAACAGGACGCUAUAUCAUAACCUCAUAUUGCUAAGGUACCCUAUCUUCCUCUGAUGUGUUUUUAUAAAGUUUGAACAAGAGACGGUUUCAUAUGCUAAAAUGACUGCUUUAUUCUGUGGUGGUAUUUUUAUGAAACUUGCUAAUUCAUGAUCCUCAUAUUGCUAAGGUGUCCUGUAUUCUACAGCAGUGUUAUUUGUAAAGUUGGUUUUGACAGGAUAAUAAUUCAUGAACCUCACAACAUAUGCCCUGUUUUGUUCUGCAGUGGUGUUUUUGUGAAGUUUGGUUUCAACAGGCAACUAAUUCACAAGCCUCAUAUUCUCGAUAAGUGACCUGUUUUAUUUUGCAGUCAUGCUUUUGUGAAGUUUGGUUUUGGCAGGAGAAUCACACAUGAAAUUCCUGUCAAAUUACAUUUCUUUAUACAACUGUGUUAAAAAUGGGACUUUUGCAUUCUUAUGAAUAUGAGGUUUACUUACUAAUAUUUUUUAAUUGUGUGUUCUAAGUGCUCAUGUUUACUUUUAGGAAUAUGAUUAGUAAUUGUAUAUAUGUUUUCUGUGGAGUUGAUGUUUGUAAAAUAUAGUCUUUAAAGCAUGGGCAGUUUUGUACAUACAUAUUCUAUUAAAUGUUAUAGGUUUGUUUGCUGUCUUAAUUUUGGCAGUAUUACUUGAUGUCAAGACAUUUUUUGUAAAUUUCUUUUAGCUGUAUUAUACAGUGUAGAAUAUUAGAUGAUUUAAUCAUAUUAGCCAAUUUAAGCACCUUUUAAUCACUUUAUGCCUUCCCCUCAUACUGCCUAAGGUGCUGUUGUUGAGUAUAAUUUCUUUGUCUGAUCAACUAAGAAUAGUGUUUGAUUUAAUAAUAUUUUGUCUUCAAAUUGAUUUCAUGUUUGGUGUGUACUUUUGUGUGAUAGAAAAAGCAAAAAUAAAGUAACUGUUUGGAGCAUUAAAAA